UCUAAAUCAAUCAACCAUGGAUUUCGUCAAGAACGCUGUGCACAACAACCAGGGCCAGCCCGCUGCCCAAGGCGCUGCUGCCCCAGGCGCUGCUCCCCAGGCUGGAGGCGUCCAGAAGGAGGACUACGUCGACAAGGCUUUCGGCAUGGGCUCCAAGAAGGCUGGCUACAACGUUGAUCGCAACACUCAGGAGAAGAUUACCGAUGCCGGCCGAAAUAUGUACGAGAAGGUGACUGGAAAGCACGUCGACCCCAAGUUUUCAAAUUAAGCAAACGAGCGAUGAUUUAUGCAACUAUACUAUAAUAAUGAUCAAUUAAUAUUACCCAACAAUAUUGCCUAAUUCUCUACUUGUGACACUACAAAUGUGCCUUCCACUUGUGAUUUAAUUGUCCAAUUACCUAGGUGUUAUAGUGAUUGUUCAUGUCUAUACACAUAUAGAUAAUUUUUCUUGGCGUCCACAACACGCACUUAUCGUACAGUAAAAGCACCAGGCCGUCGUCCGCUCUAAACCAUUGAUCCAAAGGCACCAGACUUUACAUCUUCAUCAUCCCCAUCGCCAUCAUCGUCCGACAUCCUGCCCAGCAUUUGCCCAUACGUUGGUCGGAACGGCCACCUCAUCCACGUCUCGACAAUCUCGGCCCACUGCCCCUCGUUGAUGCUCCUCGCGCUCAGCGACCCAUGUCCCGUCAUCAUCGUUCCUCCACGCUGAAUGUCCUUUAAGCUGGAGACCUCUGUUAUCAAAUCACCAAACCCGGGCCACAAGCCAUCCAUCGCCUUAUGCACCGGUAGGAGCGUCAAAUUCCACCAAGAUCGUAGCAUGACGUCGGAUAUGUCUCCAGCAUGGUUGCUGUUGGGGCCAAUCUGCCGC